GUCGGAAAUUCGAAAUUUGCAUAAAACCAUCAGCGUCCGUUCGCCCGCGGCUGUGCGAAGUUCCGCACAAAACUUCCAUUCCAGGACUUUUAACUUCAUUUCAUCGCCUUUGCGAAUAUCCCGUAAGUUCAGAGGAAAGGCAAGGGAGCAUUUCGUCUCGUCUCAGGUUUUGCUGUGCCGUUGGGGCGAAAGGAAACCGAGAGAUUUUAUCGUGUAUUUGGAUGCAGGCGCAGCUUGGUGUGCGGUAGGCUGCCCUGAAAGUCGAUACACUCGUCGGUCAGCCGGCUGUGCAUGAACGCUGUGGUACUGCCGAAAAUGGGUGUCUAGUCGCGGCUGUCAUUGGAUUUAGCCCUUGAGUUUGAUACUGAAGAAGGAACAAGUACUGGAGAACAUUCGGAGGGAGUGAUUUAGUGAAUAGAGAACCGUUUGGACAGACAAAGAUGAACCGACUGCGUAAGAGUUUUCGGCGGUCGAAGGAGCCGCAUGUUCCGGAGUGCAGCAAGCCUCACCAGUGGGAAUCAGAUGAGAAGGCAGUACGGAGUGGGACGUGUAACUUCCAUGUCAAGUACCUAGGAUGUAUUGAAGUGUACGAGUCUAGAGGGAUGCCAGUAUGUGAAGAAGCUCUGCACAAACUCAAGAAUGAUUCCAAGGGUGUACGAGGAUUUUUCCGUCGAGGAAAGUCGGGGAGGAAGAAGACGAGAGCAGUUCUGUGGGUCACAGCAGACGCACUCAGAGUAGUGGAUGAAGACAGCAAGGGCCUGAUAGUGGACCAGACGAUAGAGAAGGUUUCCUUCUGUGCGCCGGACAGAACGUAUGAGAGAGGCUUCUCCUACAUCUGCAGGGACGGCACCACGCGGCGAUGGAUGUGUCAUGGCUUCAUGGCCAUCAAGGAUUCUGGAGAGCGACUGAGCCAUGCUGUAGGCUGUGCAUUUGCAGCAUGCCUGGAAAGAAAACAGAAGAGGGAGAAGGACUGUGGAGUGACAGUGACAUGGAACGCAGACAAGACGUCCUUCACACGUCAGGGUUCAUUCCGGCAGACAACAAUGACAGAGAGAAUGGACCAGGAGGAACUGGACGCAGAGGCACAGGGAGAUGCAGCUUCACCCGGGACUCCUGCGAAGGCCUCGGCUGUUCAGACAGCGGCCAUCCCCCGGCAGCAGGCUCCGCUGUCCACAGUAGCUCUGCAGAGACAGGGUUCCUUCCGCUUCUUCCCCAAGCUUAGCAGCAAGUCCUCUCCAUUCAAACGCCAGCUUUCGCUCAGACUAAACGAGCUUCCGUCAAACCUGCAGAGGAAGGAGCAGCCAGACGUUGCACCUGCGGCACCCCCACCCCCAUCCAAUGAAGUAGCCCAGCCCCCACCCACAGAGGACAGUAUCAGCGCCAUGUGUAAGAUGAUCCAGUCUGACUUGUUCACCCUCAGCAGCACAGACGAUCCCUUCACCCCAAGUUCCUCCACUGGCACUGCUUCUUCCCAGCCACAGGCAAUAGUAAACGGAGUCCCAUCACCUGCAAGUGGAGCUUCUCCCAUUGCUGCGAGGUCUCAGGCACAGACCGUCCCCAUCAAGCACAACAACCCCUGGGCCGCAGAGGUCAUGGCGGCAUCACAGCUGGCCAGCCAGUCCCCGAGGGACGACAGUGUCUGGGUGAACGCACCUCCGAUACCCCCUCCACGGCAGAAGUCUAUGUCAGAUGCCGACGCAUGGUUAGAAAGCAUAACAAAAAGUGUUUCUGGCCCCGCUCUUCAACACCAAAACACAGAGCCUUUCGACCCACGGUCAGUCAAUGGAGACAUGACGAGAACUGGUCCGAGUCAGCCUUUUGACCCGUUCGCAGGUCCCAUGCCAGGGGCUGGCGACGCCCAGUUCAGACAGCAACAAACCCCACCCAUGCAUUCCACAGUCAGGACCAAUGUCAGUGCUUCUGCGUACAGUCCAGCCUCCACCCAGCUUGGACAGCAAACCUUCAUGGCAACAUCCAACAUAAGCAAUGGCAGUAUAAGUGAUCCGUGGCCAGGACAGACCCAGCCUCACAUGAAUGGACAGAGAGACCCAUUCCAGCCCAUGGCACCCACACAGCCGUACGACCCUUUUGCAGUAGAAAAGACUUUUGAAUUGCAAUUGUAGGCCACAGUAGUCAAUAUCCACAGUCAGAAAGAAUAACAUAUCAAUUUGAAGUCCACUAGGUCAUAAUGACACAGUAUGUAGAGCAAGGACUGAUUUUCCAAUUUUCUUCCGUAAAAAAAUGUAUCGCCAGCUUUUAUGAGCUUUUGAUAGCUGAGCAUGUUUACAGUGUUGGUGCUGUAGACAUCCCUCUUAAAAAGCUUUAGCACAGCCCGAUCUACUCUGACUGCCAUUAAUUCCAUUACAAGGUUAAGAUCUUCUCCAGUGCUACACUAUAGUCCUCCUCUUUACAGAUGUGAACAUCUACUUUUCACACUGCCUCUGGCUGUCAGCUUAUUUUGAUCCUACAAUGGUUAAUUCAUCUGUAUAUACUCUUUCUGAGAUUGACCUCUACUCCAAUAACAGUUUGGUCUCUUUGGAUGGACCCCAUAAAUCUUGCACUGUAAUUCACAAUCAAAAAGAUGAACAAAUGCUACCGAUAGUUGAGAUACAGAUUAAAAAUGAACAUUAGAAGAUGAGUCUUAACACAUUGCUUGCAGCACUGCACCUACAACAUUUUACUGUUUGAUUUUGAUCAGUCUAUAGCUCAACUCGAGAAUAUUUUGAACACUGUUGUAUUACUGACUUAUGUAACUGCAAGCUGUUGUUGGGAAAAGCAUGGCUGCUCUUCAAGUUACUGAAUUGACUCUCAAACUUGCAACCAAAGUACUUGAAGUCUCCAGGGCUUAUGGUGCAUCACUUUAGAGAUAGUGUGAGGAUUCUACUCCAUUACAUCAUACACUCAUGUCUCAGCUUCCAUCUCAAAGCUACUCCCAGAAAUCUGGAUAAAGUAAAACAGUAUCCCGGCAAGCUAUGGCUGGUCCAGUCUCUACUGUUGACAUAUUUAAAACAUAGAUGAAUUGCUAAUGUCACAGUCUUGUUACAAGCAGUGUAUUACCUGGGAAGUUGACAUUGAACUGGAAAGUCCAUGUAUCUGGCAAGCAAUGUAGCAGAUAAGGGCUCUGUUACCAAUGUGAUAGUCAUGAAGUGCAGGCACAAGUGGUGUGUUAGAAUCAUCAAAGAAGCAAACAUUGUCUUCCUUGACAAUAAAAGUUAGAUGAGGUAGAAUGGACCUAUUAAGAUAAAUGAGGUUGAUUCAAUUUGGGACUAUUCCUAUGUCAUUUGCUCAGUUGGUAGAUCUAUAUAUCCAAGUAGACCUGGGUAACUAUGACUGCAUGUACAGCUGUUAGUAAUGAGAUAGGGUAGCUGUGCGUGCACGAUACCUGGAUUUCUCUAUGCUAAACAUUGUUCAGUUUAUGUAUCCAGUUGUCAAGCACAGUUGGCCUGGUAGCACUUCCUAACUCAAGAAAGCAGUCUUUCUUUGUGUCCUGAUGAUGGUUUGGGACACAGACAAGUAACAAUGUGAUUUUAGUUCAAUGCACCAUCGGAUUAUGACAGGAAAAAAUUGUAUUUGGAAAGAGACUGAGUAAUAAUUAGGUAUCUAAUUUCAAAUCACAGUGAGAGCAGAUUGCUCAAAUUGAUCUAAUCAUUGGGUAAGUCAUUGACAUGAUGGUUAAUAUUGAAUAUUAUUGCUGCUGUCUCAUCAGAUAGUCUUUGGUGAUGGGCUUUUAUUUUUGCAGAUUUGGCUCAAGAUAUAAUUCGUAGUUCUGAUGUAUGUUGUGAUGAGUCAAAUAUGUCAAGUUAGAAUCUACGGGCAUGUUGGUGAAGUCAGCCUGCUCCUACAAUCAAAUCAGAGUGACAGGUUGUUGGAACAAACAUUGCCUCUUGUACUGUUAUGUCUCUUUACUCAAUGUAACUGGGUAUUAAUGGGAAUGAUCACAAUAUUACCCAGCUUAUGUAAAUGUUAUAACUGAAUAAUUUUACAGGAAUGUCUUGUACAUAAUGAGGAUUUGACACUACAAGCUCUACCUUUCUGAUGGGGUUUUGUGUAUUUACAGUCUUUUUUUGUUUUUAGCUUUUAUCACAUAAUGACAAUCUUUCGAUUGAAUUCUUCCAUAAAUUGUGUAGCUAAUACUCUUUUGUGGUCAUUUGGUUUAUUAACAUGACAAAUAUUUUACCAUUUUAAUCUUUGAGCAAAAAAUAUAUUUAGUUAUAAAGAUUAUUUUGAAGCUGACUCUGUAUGUAUGAACCUUAAAAUGUUGAUGAAGACAGUGAUCUCUUUGUGUUUUUUAUCUGUUCAUAUGCUAAUGUGUUCUGUACAUCCAGGUAGGCCUCCUGAUAGACAUGUUGAUUGAUUACAGAAGCAAAGAAGAAAAAAUAAACUCCUAAUUAAUGUGUACCUUAAAAACUUGUCAUUUAUUUCCUUGUAUUCUGAAUUUUCUGUAUCUAGGUUUGGUGUGCAGGCCAUACACUUAUAUCUCAUGAAACCCAUUUGAAAUGAGAUCCCGGAAUUGUGGUUUUGCAAUUGUUCUUGGUGUGCUACUUUUGUUCUCCAGUGUUACUGCUAACAGCUAAGGAAGGGUUUGUAGCUUAUGUCUUGAUUAUCAUUUUGAUUUACAUGUAGUGAUAUCUCAUGCAAUCAGGAAUGUAUUUACCAGGAUUUUCUGAGACUCCAAGCUUGUGACUAGAACCUCUGAUUCUAGGUUAUUUAUUGACAAUACUCAUUGUUUUGUAUAAAUGGUAGCUAAUCUUUGUGAAUCCUGUAAAUAGGCUUGUGAGAUAACGAAAUCAAAAUAAGCUAAGUCAUCUUUGUUAGCCUAGAUUCUUUGUGAUGUCCAAACAGUUCUGUAGACCUACAACAUGUAUUCACUUGGGUAAUACUUGUGCAAGCCAGAACAAUUCAUUUGAAGUCUGGUUUCCCUACAAUGUGUCUUUACCAGAUGAGUCAAGCGCAGGAGUCGACCAUUGUCAAACACUGUUCUAGGCUCACCAACCUGCGUGUAGCUAGUGUGAAAUGGUGUUGAAAUGUGACUCCCAAGUAGCAGGCAUAUGGUGCUCUUCCUAGCUUUCUACUGUUACAUUUGUCAUGAAAGAAGAGGCCACCAACAGAAAUAUUGUGCACUCCACAGUAGAUAGGAAUCUAUCUUGUUACUCUUUUCUAGUUGUAUCACCUCUGAUGAACACUGUUCUUGUCAGAUUUUUCUCCUAUGUGAGAGAAAUUAGGCUGCUUUGCCAAUAAACUCACCCUCCCAAUGACUGUA